AUGAUAGUGAUAGCCCUCCGGAGUACUCCGACCGUUACUCCAAAUCGUCGUCGUCACGGAGACGCUACUCCCAGUCGCGCUCUCGUUCCCGCAGCCGUGAUCGCUAUGGCAACAGUCGGAGCUCUAAAAGUCGCCCGUGGAGACGACAGUGACUAUUCGGACUAUGGAGGGGAUCGUUCCGAUAAGAAGAGUUAUCACACAAGUGUGUACAGUGACUUCUCGGGAUCAGAUUUUUCCGAAGAAGAUCGUUACUCUCGUCAACGUCGCCACGGCGACUAUGACUCUGACGACGAUUAUCGGGAGAGGUCGAGCGAGCGUCGCUCUCGGAGGUCGCGAAACGAAGACGAAAGGUCGACGUCAAGGAGACGCAAACAUCGAUCUCGUUCGCGGUCGCGCUCAAAGGAGUCGCGUGGUUCGGGAAAACAUCGUCGUAGUAAGGACAAAACCGGUAUCAGCGAUAAGAAGAAGAGGAAGAAGGAAAAGAAGGAGAAGAAGCACAAGAAAGAUCGCAAGGACGAGAACGAGCCUCCAAAACCACCAAAGAAAGUCACAGUAGGUCGCGUUGGUAAAGUCAGCUCUCUGCGUACUCUGUCUUCAGACAAUACGACCACGGGGGAAGGAGACACGCCUCUGGACAAGGCCCAGGCAGCCAUCGCUGAGAGCAUCGACGAGAAGCAGAAGCAGGAGAGAGAAAUGCUGGAAAAGCGGGAAGAGAGCAAGCGACUGGAGAGCAAGAUACAGCAACACGUGCAGGGUCAUGGCGGACACUCCGGCGGUGGAGGACAACCGGCUCAGGUUGUCACCGGGGCUUACUCUGGGUACCCUACCACUGCGGCACAAGGAGGGUACUAUUCCGGAUUGUACCCCGGCUACCAGUAUCCUGGGUAUGCGACUGGGACGGGAUGGAACCCGGCCCAGUGGAGUGGAACCGAGUACCAGCAGUACGUACAACAACAACAGGCUGGAACUGGGGAACAGCAGUAUGGAAACGUGGAAACCGGAGAACAGCAAUACGGAAUUACGACCAGUUUGCAGCAGUAUGUAGGAGAUGGGGGAGCAUCAGGGAAUAAAACUCGGGCGUACGGAGGAACAGAUGCGCAAGGAACUGGGGAUCAGGUGCCUAAAGAGACAACUGGGCAUCCGGCAGAUGUUGUUACGGCUCAAAAAGCGGACAAACAAAAGAGUGAAGGUGAAGAUGUGUCUGAAAGCAUGGAACAGGGACACGGGGGUUCCGGAACCGGAGAUGUUGGAACUGGAAUCGGGGAACCGGAGAUUGGGAACCAGACUACGUCAUUUGCAAGGGAAGGAGACACGGAUGAUCUCAGAUCAGUCGAAUGUGUGGAUCAACAAGCACCAAUUGAAAUACAACCUCCUCCACCGCCACCUCCAGAUGUCGCCAUGUCAACAAGUUCCCAUGACAACGAGAUUGUUGCCAUGCCGACCGUAUCCACGGGUGACGAUGAACAAGACACCGCGGUAGUCUCGGAGGCACCGGAAGCCAGCGAGGGAGUAGAGGGGGAGAGGGAGGGAAGAGGGGAGGAGGUGGAAGAAACGGCAGAGUGUGAGAUGGAGAUAGACAGUGGAGGGAGUUCCCCGGUGGAAGUGGCUCCACCCAUUGUCCUCGGUGCCGACAAACAGGGAGGUGACGGGGCUUCAGAAGUGGGUGGAGUCGGGGGAGGGCUUCGUGAUGCUGGACCUUCAGAAGGUGUUUCUGCACUCUCUGGUGGUCGUCAUGACGACGACGACGAUGCAGGUCCAGAGAGCAGUCCGGAGCCCCUCCCACCUGGAAUGGAGCCCGAGUUGACGUCGGGGAAUUCCCCUGCCCCCUUGCCUCCUGGAGAAGAUGUUGUAGCUGUGGAGGAUGGGGCUACCAAGUUACCUGAGAAUGGAACGGAGACUGAGGAACCAGCCCCUCCUGGAAUGGAACCUGACCAGCCAAUUCCUCCCCCUCCUCCUCCUCCAGAGGUGAAAGAAAGCAAAUCAGAUUUGCAAACUCCUCCACCUCUACAAUCGGAUACUACUCCAUCCGCUCCCCCGCCCCCUCCUGUUACCACGGAUACCGGAGUGUGCACCCCGACACCCCAAACUCCCUCCUCCAUCGUUCCAGUUUCAUCCUCCGGGGUAGUCGCCACGGAAACCCCGGUGGUUACUACGACGACCAAAGAAUUGGCUUCAACAAUGGAAGUGUCUAUGGCAACCACCAAACAACCUACCCCCACUGCUCCCAUAACAACGCCUGCCCGUAAAUCAGCCUCUCGUCUCCAGACUCUGCCCACCAACACGUCGUCAACGGCAACAUCGUCGUCGCAGAGUUACGACGUAGCCACGGCGGCCGCUGCAUACGCACACGCGACAAAAACCGGGCAACCAUACCAGUACCCACAACAAAUAGCUGCACAGCAACAGCAGCAGGGUUACAGUGACUACGCGGCGUAUACAGCUUACCUGCAACAAAUGAGUCAAUACGGAGGUGGUUACGUACUGGGGGCAGACGGGCAGUACUACCAGCAGGCGAACCCGUAUGGAGCUUAUGCUGCGGCUGCAGCGGCUGCCGGGGCUUAUGGAGGAGAGCGAGAGGGAGGAGAGAUGGACAAGCACACGCUGCACCUGUUUACGGCGGUGGAGAUAGCCGAAGAGCUGACGUUGCGAGACGCGGAGCUACUGAGACGUAUCGGUGCCACGGAGAUACGCAAUGGAGCGUGGAUGGACAAAGAAAAGAAGCAGAAGUUGGCUCCGAAUGUGCUGGCGAUGGUAGAGGAUUUCAACUUCCUGGCCCAGCUGGUUGCCAAGGAGAUCCUCGCGGAAGAGUCCCUCAGAAAGAGAGCGGAAGUCAUAGCCACUUACAUCAAAGUUGCGAAGAAAUGCUACGAGUUGAGAAACUACAAUUCUCUGAACGCCGUUUUGGCUGGGCUGAUGUGCACACCGGUACAUCGACUCAAGAAAACCUGGAAAGAAGUGCCUUCGAAACGAAAGAGGCAAUUGGAUUACCUUAGCAACCUGAUGUCCGAGGAGCGAAACUGGAGGCAGUACAGACGACAGCUCGCAAAACACGUUUCGAGCAACACCUCUUGCGUCAUCUUCCUCGGAGUCCUCCUUAGCAACGUCGUCCACUACGAGUCUUAUCAACAGUUGAAGAGAUUGAGUCGUCUUUCGAGUGCGAUGCCCGUCGUCGCUAAGAAGUUGUCUGUGUGCGAGACUUUUACCGUUCUCGAAGCUAUUACCGUGCGGAAUCGAUUGAGGAAGAUGAGCAGGAGGGAAGUGGGGGGAGGGAGGAAUGGGAGAGGAGGGGAGAGGGGGGUGAAGUGCUUCGCUGUUGAGGAGGAGAGGGAGAAAGUGUCUGUCUGUGAUGAACAAUCCAUUCUGCACGGUGGUGAUAUGACGGAGAAAAUCUCCAUUCUCUCUCUCUCGGACGGGGAUUCAAGUGGCGACAUUUCCCCGGAUCUUCCCGACCUUGACGAUUGGUCGGUCGACGUGUGUCGCGAAGCCGACCGUCGUCUUGGAAACCGGAAGUUUUCCCCUUGGAAGAGGCCACGCCCCCUAAUUAGGAGAGGGCGGAGUCUAGAGCAGUUGUUGAAGGCGUGUCAAGUUGACGAUGAUGAUGAUUUUGAGGAUCAGAUGGUUCCAAGGCUGUCUCGCAGUUUGCCAAGACUUUCAUCGGUCACUUCGUACCAUCAAGUCUGGGGGGACAACGACAAGUCCUCACCUGGCAAAUCCAGCCCGACACUCCCGCAACCAAUUAACCCUUCUUUUGACAAUGUCGACGAUAAAGCACAGCUGUCAGUAGAAUACAAGUGCCCGGGUUCAUCAAAUGGAUUUCACAACGACGACGAAAUCUCACGGAUCGGAAGUGCAACAACGCUGAGCUCCGAGCAGAGCGACUUCGACAACGACGCACCGAACGUCCGCGUAAAGAGAUCACGGAUCGUGCACGAAGUUGAAUCGCCUUCACACGAGAACUCGGACAACGCACCGGAAAUUUCGGACGUGGAAAACAGUCAAAAGAUCACCAGAUGCAAUUUGGGAGGGAGUUCAUUAAGAAGAGGCGGUCACUCUAUAGAGAACAGCACGAAUGGUUUUCAAAGUGAACGAAUCGACGGUGAAAGCGUAAGAAACGGCGACCGUCAAUUUCCAACUGACCCCGUAGCCACGCGUGCAGACCGACAGCUCAGGAAGCGUUACACGGCCAGUGACGAACUGGACGUCAUUCAACUCCAAACCGCCCGUGAAGACCCGACCUCUGACCCCACCUCCCUGCUCAAACUCUACCAGUUUCUGUCGCUAGGCUACUCUGUGCGAUACACCAGCUCACCUUACAUUAGGGAGAUACUCUGCAACUGUAAAACCACGUCAGAAGCACAGAACUACAGACGUUCUUACAUCCUCGAAUCCUUAUAGCCAAUACAACCAUUGUCACAUGUAUGGAACAUUGUCCCUCAACUGCAUGUAAAAUUCUAUCCCAUACAAUAUUCAUUAAUACUAGCACACGCAACAUGGCAAUGCGAUAUAAAUAUUCGUGAACCUAGCCCUAGUCAUUAUCCUACAUGUGGAUUAUCAUAUUAUCGUUCCGUCAAUAUUUAUUACGAACAUUGUUUAAACCGUUGCCUAUGCUCUAUACACACAGGUUGUAAUACUUGAUGAUGCCCUUACAUGGUAAUACAAUACUUGAUUGAGGGGAAUGUGUAUUAUACUUUUUGAUUGAAUCACAAUUCACACUGUGUAUAUAAGACAAUGUGCUAAUAAUGACAUUUCAUGAUUGGCUGAGGUUAAAUGAUAGAAUUUUGUACAAAGAAACAAAAACCAAAAGCGAUUCGAGAAUCUCGGGAAAAUCCAUGUUUUUUCACUAGAAACGCUGAUAGUAUAUCUCACGUCUGGGGAGGACCUGUUCCUCGUUCCAUGUCACGUCACCACUCUUCGCGUGCAAUCUGUCCAGAACCUGUCUUUGAAUCGCCGUCGUCCUCCCGGCUACUUCCGUUCCCUUUCCUCCUCUCUCCUCUUUCCUGUGCACUUUCGUACAGGCAGUUAAUUGCUUUUGGUGGUCUGGGUGGUGGGCUUUUUUCUUUUCGUUGUUCUCUCUCUGGAGGCAGGGGAGGAGGAGGAGGAGGUUGAGGUUGGGCGCCUCCGUCGACGUCCCAAGCAACGCUCAAGCCACGACGACGAGACUUCUCUUGCGACGAGUCGGAAUCGGAGGACAGACACGAUCGAGAAGGCUUCUUCACGUGUUUGUCCUCCUCUGCGGCCAUUGUUUCCA